CUUAUUUUUUUGUAGAUCUUAUAUAGCUAGUUCUUCAAGAUGGCAUCUCGGGGCUGCAUAAAUUCGCCCGAUAUGUUUUGUUACGUAUGCGGUUUGUUCACAGACAAAUCUCAUCGAAAGACUUUAAUGCCGUUAAUGAAGAAAGCGUAUGAACUUUAUUUUGAUUCGAAGGUGGACAGUGGCAAGUCUUGGGCACCACAGUUCAUUUGUUUGACAUGUUCAUGCAACCUGCGUGGAUGGAUCAGAAAGGCUAAGAAGAACAACCACAUGUCAUUUGGUGUUCCAAUGAUCUGGCGUGAACCUACCAAUCACACAACGGAUUGUUAUUUUUGUAUGACAAAGGUUUCUGGCUUCACAUUCAAAACUCGUUCAUCUUUAAAUUACCCAGAUGUUUCAUCAGUCUCGAAACCUGUUGCUCAUGAUCCUGUCACCUGUCCAGUGCCAGAGCCGCCUGCGGAAAACACAGUUGAUGAAGAACAGCAACAAGAAACUGGCGUUUCAUCUGUUUCAGAUUCAGAUUCAGACUACCAACCAGAAGAAGAGAUACAUUUGAUAAACUCUGCUGAACUUUGUGAUCUUGUGCGGGACCUUGCACUUACGAAAGGACAAGCCGAACUAUUGGGUUCUCGUCUGAAGGAAUUUCAUUUGCUUGCGCCAGGUACAGCGACAGCAACUUUUCGAGACCGACAUAAAGAUCUUGUUCAGUAUUUUGACAUGUCAGACAGUAUUUGCUUCUGUAAGGAUGUUGAUGGUCUUAUGUCAUCUCUCAGAGUUGACCACAGUGUUGAAGAAUGGCGGCUGUUUAUAGAUUCAUCAAAAACUAGCCUCAAGGCCGUCCUGUUGCACAAUGGUAACACGUAUGCGUCAAUACCAGUGGGUUAUUCUGCCCACAUGAAAGAACCAUAUGAAAAUAUGUCACUACUGCUACAGAAAAUUCGCUAUCAGGAGUACAACUGGAGUAUUUGUGGUGACUUAAAAGUAGUUGCUAUUCUCACAGGACUGCAAUCAGGAUACACAAAGUACUGCUGCUUCAUAUGUGAGUGGGACAGCAGAGAUAAGGUACAUCAUUACAUGAAGAAGAGCUGGGUGAUCAGAAAUAAGAUGAAGCCAGGCUGCAAAAAUAUCGCUCACGAACCAUUAGUUCACCGUGACAAGAUUCUAAUGCCACCUCUUCAUAUCAAACUGGGUUUAAUGAAGAACUUUGUUAAACGUCUCGACAAUGACAGCGCUGCAUUUCAUCAUUUGCGUGACAAGUUUCCAGAACUCAGUGAGGCAAAGGUCAAGGAAGGCGCAGUCAGUGAUGAACAUGGCGAACGUUUUCAUCAAGACAUUUCGGUGAUGGAAUCACGAUAUCAAGGUCGAUGGAGUGCAGCGAUGUUGGCAGACUACUGUUGGACGCUUCAUCGUGACGUUCCAGAUGCACAAUAUAGACGUACAUCGAUGGCCAAGAGAUUCAAGCCAACUAGUUCAACUUAAUUUGAAUGCCUGUUACAACAUUUAUGUGUUAUAUUGCGAAACUUUUGCAGUAUCGUGAUACUGUGAUGUUUGUAUAAUGCGCAAAAACAGUGCAUUCUUCGUGUAACAUCAGUAAAUUUUAAAACGUUAUUAUCUCAAGAACCUGACCUGAUAGAGACAAGCUGUUUGCAGAUUUGGAAUCAGCAUGUUAAAAUUAGGUAA